AUGGCCACACCAACUCCAUACCCUGAGAGUUACAGUAACAAAAUACCUGUAACGCUCCCCUCUGAGCGCAACAAGGUUAGGAAGAGAACAUCCAGAAAUGACUACAGACGCGUAAAUAAGCCAGCAUAUGGGGACGGAUAUUUUGGACGCUUAGGGAAGCGUUACGGUGCGGGUACUGCUCCAGAUAACGAAGGCUAUCCUGAGUGUGAUAAUGUUUCAAAUUCCGUUGUUACCUGCUAUCCAGAUGCAGACACCUCUAUAAGAUCAGGCGACUAUUCAAAACUAAUAUGGAAUCCUAAUUUACCACAAUUUACGGAAUCUGGUGAUCUUGACAUUUAUCUUUUCUCAGCGGAUACAGAACAAGUCGUACAAAGCUGGAAGGACGUUCCUAACCAGCGUGGCUCACAGCCCAUCAACCCUGGCGACGACUGGUGGUCUCCUAUCGACGAUGGUUGGGGUCCCUACGAUCCAGAGAACUCUUCUCAGUGGGCAGACACGACGCGUGAUUGGACGUACUAUGCCGUCCUUGUGCCCGCCGGACAGUCACUCAGUGGCGGUGAGGAACAUCAAGCUACUUUCACUGCUGUGCAGACAGCACCACUUCAAAAUCUUGUCGCUUCAAGUUCCAGUUCUAGUAUGUCAUCUGCAUCAAGUCAGAGUAGCAUAUCUAGUCUUAGUACGGCCUCUCUGGCGAGCGCAAGCGCGACCCAGUCUGUAGUGUCUUCAGUAUCUAGCGUAUCCUCGGCUUCAAUGGCAAGUUUAUCAUCAAUUUCACAAUCAAAUAGCGAGUUAUAUUCUUCAAUGACCCGUUCCUCCCAAUCCACACGGUCGGUCUUAUCUACGGCAGCAACUAUGAGCGCGAUAACGACGACAGACUCGAAUGGCGAUAGGGUGACUUCAUCAGUAAGGUCCACACCGACUGGUGUAUUGCAAGAUAAUGGCGACGACGAUAGAUUCCCCGCCUGGGGUAUAGCUGUAAUAGUAGUCCUCGGUGUUCUCGCUUUAUUGGGUAUUGCCGGCGCGAUGUAUUUGCUUGCGAGACAUUUGAGGCGCACUCACGGAGCGGCCGCAGCGGCAGAAGCGGGUGGAGCUGCUGGUGGAGCGAACACACCGACGCAGUCUGAGCCGUUGAUGAAGGAGAAUCAACCAAAUGACGGUUUAUUGGCAGCAGGUGGAGGCGCUGCUGGAGGUGCAGCGGGUGCAGCAGUGGGUGCAGCAGCUCUAGGUGCUCGUUCAGCAUCGAGCGAGAGGUCCUCAGCGGAGAACGACAACGGAGACGGACCGAUUACUUCAAAUGAGGCAGCUGCGAUGGCUGAUGCAUUCAGACAAGCACUACGCUCUCCAGAGUUCGAUAGUGGUUCAAACAGCAAUAAACUGAACAACUCUGAUCCCAACACGACAGAGUCUUCGAACCAGGGCCUGACUGGCAUACAAGAGAAUUCUGUGGCUAGACAGCCAGAGCUCGUCAACGCCUCUGACGGCUCACACUAA